UCAAUUCAGUUGAAAAUCAGAAGCAGCGAGGGCUGUGCAAUCAGUAGCCCCAAAAAGCCUCGCCUUGAUGCGCCUGAUCACUAUUUCUUCUUCUUUUUCCUCUUCUUCAAUCUUCUCUGAGAACGGGUCGAUUGAAAUCUAGGGGUUUUGUUUUCCUUCUUCAUUGAUUUGAAUUAAUUUUCUCAAUUUCACCAUUUGGUACACUCUCGGAUCCGAUCUGCCCACUUUUCAUGCCCUCAAUUUUCACUUUCAUUUAAGAAAAAUGAUCACUUUUUCUAGAACGCUUAAGAUGGGGCGAGAAUUUUGAUUUUCUUGGAGUUCUUUUUCUUUUUUUUGAUAAAUAAUUCCAUCUUCGUUCUGUAGUGAUUGAUUUUGGAGAGUUUUAGGAUUAGGGUUAGUCAUGUUCUAUGGUGCAGUGGUAUGGGAUCCAUGGCUAAUUGUUGCCCAAAUAGUGUGUCUCCAAUGCCUUUAUUAUCUCACGCUUGGUUUUUUCUUAUCGAUUCUUGUUGGGACUCGCGUGUCUCGCAUGAGUCUCUUCUAUUUCUUUGAUUUCGUUGCUGUCACCACCUCUACCGUCACAGGUUGGUGUGUAAUCGCCUCCUUUCUCUUCAGCUCCAUUGUCGGAGCUGGUUAUUUGCUUUACUUGAUUGAGAGGUCAAAGAAGUGCUUAGAUUUUUCUGCAACCCUCUACAUCAUCCACCUCUUUAUAUGCAUUAUAUACGGAGGUUGGCCUUCCUCAAUAACAUGGUGGAUUGUAAAUGGUACUGGACUUGCAGUGAUGGCUUUGCUAGGUGAAUAUCUGUGCAUUAGACGUGAACUUCGAGAGAUUCCAAUCACACGAUACCGAUCAAAUGUUUGAUUGAUAAGGAAACAAGAUAGGGAAGAACAAACUUUGUUCGGGCAUGUACCUUUUGCUUGUGGAAAGGUUUGAAGGACCUCCUGGAUGAAGCUUAUGAAAUAUGAAAUUCAAACUGUGAUGGGAUGAAUAGUUUUAGUCUACAAAUUCUAUUGGCUGUGCUGAACAGAAUGAUACGGAAUGGCCACAGAAAAUGGAGAUGGUUCAUAAUGAUGGGGCGAUGGAGCAUUUGAGAAUAGGUAUGCGUUGUGUCAGGAAACUUUCAGUGUACAAUUGCCAGGUUUCUGGUGAAGAUGCUUGUUGUUAUUCUGAUAUUAUUUUCUGGUUUAGUGCCUCCUUACUUUAAUAUGAAUUUGGAUGAGUUUCCAUGAACUUGGGAAA